CAGGAGUCGGACACUACCAAUGAUUAGUUUGGGAUUUGAAAUCGUGGCUCAACGACCAACCUACAUUAAAAAGACUCAAACUUUACAAACUUUCUUAAACCAAAUGUCACAUUAAACUUCACAAAUAAAUAAAUAAAAACUCAUUCCUUGUUUCAUUAUGGGUAUGGAGCUUCUGGCAACUACCAAUAUUACUACUUCAUCUUCUUCCUUGUUCACCACCAAAUUCAGUUACUUACCUUCUCUGAACAAAACCAAAACCAAUCACUUUUUUCUAUCCCAUUUCCAUGGCAAAACCAAGCUCCAAUUUCGUGGGAUUAGAGCCAUGGUCAGAGCUAAUAACAAAAACACCAACAACACCAUAAAAAUCAGCAAUAAUCUAAAUUUCACUCAAAUAGAUUCUUGCCUUGUAAUACCUCCCCCUAUUGGAGUGAAGCCCAGGGCAAUCAUCAAAUUCUUGGGAGGAGCCUUUUUGGGAGCUGUUCCUGAACUUACAUACAGCUAUGUCAUUGAGCUAUUGGCUAAGGAAGGGUAUGUUAUUAUAUCAGUACCAUACAAUGUGACUUUUGACCAUGCUGAUGCUGCUAAACAAGUUUAUGAGAGAUUCAACACCUGUUUGGAUUCCAUCUUGGCAACUGGGCUUCCUAAUUCAAAUCUAACUCCUGCCCAAAUUUCUGAUCUUCCUCUUUUCUCAGUUGGCCAUAGUAAUGGUGCAUUGCUUCAAGUACUCACAGGAAGCUAUUUUGAUGAAAAGAUUCCAAAGGCCAAUGCCAUUAUUUCAUACAACAACAAAUCAGCCACUGAGGCAGUACCUUACUUUGAGCAGUUGGGUCCUCUAGUUAGACAGAUGAUGCCGGUUGUAGAAUCAUCUCCAGUUUAUUCAAUGGCUAGAAAUGCCUCAGGGGAUGCAUGGAAGGUGUUGCUUGAUGCAGCUGGAACUAUGAUAUCAGAUAAUGAUCAGCAAACUUUAAACUCUGUCACUAAGUUUGUUGACCAAUUACCGUCUGUGUUUGGUGAGGUGACUCAAGGGAUAUCAGAGUUCAAGCCUUCACCCUCAGAAAAUCGCUCCCGAUUCAAGAACUCGUACAAUGUCAAGCACACCCUACUUGUAAAGUUCAAUUUCGAUACAAUAGACGAGACAGAUCUUCUCGAAGAGACAUUAAAACCUAGAGUAGAGUCCAUUGGUGGGACACUAGAAAAAGUUGAGCUAAAUGGUAACCAUAUCACACCAUGCAUACAGGAGCCAAAGUGGGAAGUUGGUAACUUGUACACUCCAGCAGAUGCAUUAGCUCAAGGGCUUAAAACCCUUUCUUUGAAUGACUCUAGAGUUCUCGUAAGAACCAUUAGCGAUUGGUUCAGAAAAAUCAAAGGUUGAAGAGCCUUCGAUUUAAACCCUGCAAUAUGUCAUCCCGACCAUGAGCAGCCUCCCAACGUGGCUCGGGAGACUGUUUCAUUCGGGAUGGACAAAUUUUUUUUCCUUAAGUUUUAAUAGAUACACACAAUUAAUAUAUAGGACUUGGAACUAAAACAAAAAGAUUUGUAUGUAUACAUUUACAUAAAUAUAUACACAAAUAUUGAUUGUCAAAUGUAUGUUGUAACAAUUGAGACUAGUUCAAGUGACCUUUUUUUCUUUAAAAAAAAAAGGUAUAAAUGAGAAGAGAGAAGCAUUCGUUACUAA